UAAGAGGCAAAAAGAAAAAGGAAAAAGAAAAGAAAAGGACAAGAGGGUUUGGAGAGGGACAAUCUUUGUGAAGUGGCCUGACACUUUGUUUAGGGUUCCUUCCUUCCUUCGUAAAAUGUGAAAAGUUAGAGACAUUCCACAUUGGCACAUUCUCCUUCCUGUCUUUUUCUCAAUUUUGGGAACUUCAAUUUCCUGAUCCGUUCAACGUUUUCUCAACAAAAGACUCUUUGUUUAUGCAGACCUAUAGGCUAACCAUGGAAGGUGUUCAGAUAGAACAAGUCUUCGUCUUGUUUUGUUUUUGUCUGAUAGCCACAGUGAGUUUUGGUGCUACAAACCCAAAUGAUGUCAAAGUUUUGAAUGAUUUCAGAAAAGGGUUGGAGAAUCCUGAGCUUUUGAAGUGGCCGGAGGACGGAGAUGAUCCCUGUGGUCCUCCUUUAUGGCCUUUCGUGUACUGUUCUGGAGACAGAGUCAACCAGAUUCAGGCAAAGAAUCUUGGUCUUAGAGGGUCAUUGCCUCAAAACUUUAACCAACUCUCAGAACUCUACAAUUUGGGUCUCCAACGCAACAACCUCAGUGGGGUGUUGCCCUCUUUUAGUGGAUUAUCCAAAUUGGAAUUUGCUUUCUUGGAUUACAAUAAAUUUGAUUCAAUUCCAUCUGAUUUCUUUAUUGGGCUUAGCAGCCUUAGAGUCUUGUCUUUGGAAGAAAAUCCACUGAAUAUGAGUAGUGGAUGGUUGUUUCCCAUGGAUUUGGAAAAAUCAGUACAGUUAACCAACCUUUCUCUGGUGCAAUGUAACUUGGUUGGACCGUUACCGGAUUUUCUCGGCACAUUGCCAUCUCUCACAAAUCUGAGGCUUUCAGGUAACAAGCUGUCUGGUGCCAUACCUGCAACUUUUGCACAGUCUUCAAUCCAGGUUUUGUGGUUGAAUAAUCAAGAAGGUGGUGGGUUGAGUGGUCCUAUUGAUGUUAUUGCUUCAAUGCCUUUCCUUAGACAGGUUUGGCUACAUGGAAACCGAUUAACUGGGUCAAUUCCUCAGAAUAUUGGAAAUCUAACUUCCUUGCAGGAACUCAAUCUCAAUAGCAAUCAACUUGUUGGCUUGAUUCCAGAGUCUCUGGCACUUAUGGAUCUUGAUAUCCUUGUGUUAAAUAACAACAUGCUAAUGGGUCCAAUACCAAAAUUUAAGGCUGCCAAUGUUUCUUAUGAUUACAAUUUAUUUUGUCAAAAUGAGCCUGGACUUGAAUGUGGCCCUCAAGUUACUAUUUUGCUGGAUUUUCUAGAUAAGAUGAAUUACCCUUCAUUUCUCGUUUCUGAUUGGUCUGGUGAUGAACCUUGCACACGCAGCACAGGGUCAUGGUUUGGAUUGAGCUGCAAUUCCAACUCAGAGAUAUCUAUUAUCAAUCUACCUAGACACAAGCUAAAUGGUACACUAAGUCCCUCACUUGCUAAGUUAGAUUCACUCCGUCAAAUUAGGCUUUCAGGAAACAACAUAACCGGCUCUGUUCCUACUAAUUUCACCAAAUUAACAUCUUUGGAGUUGUUGGAUUUAAGUAAUAACAAUCUUGAGCCUCCAUUUCCAAAUUUUCAUGAUGAUUUGAAGAUUAUUAUCACGGGUAAUCCCCUUCUUCUGAAUAAAACUGGAGGAAGUCCCAGUCCUAUGCCUAUUAACAGCCCACCUUCACCACAAGAUCCAUCACAGCCUCCAUCCUCUCAUAAGCCACCUAUUCCAGAUCAGAGUUCAAGAGCAAAUCAAUCCAAGCCUAAUGAAUUGAAAAGAUUCAAAACAGCAGCAAUUGUGGCUGGAGUUGUAUUGUUUACUCUUGUAGCACUUUUGGUUGUUUAUUUCUUGCUAUGUUGUAGGAAGAAGAAAAAAGCCUCCUUAGAUGCUCCAAGUUCCAUUGUGGUCCACCCUCGCAAUCCAUCUGAUCCAGACAACAUAGUUAAAAUUGCAGUUUCGACCGCCACUGGAAGUUUGUCUACAAAGACUGGUACAAGUUCUCUGAGUAACAUCAGUGGUGAAACUCAAAACUCUCACAUGAUUGAGGAUGGAAACCUUGUCAUCUCUAUACAAGUACUACGCAAGGUUACCAAUGAAUUUGCUUCAGAAAAUGAACUAGGUCGUGGAGGGUUUGGGACUGUUUACAGGGGGGAACUUGAAGAUGGGACAAAAAUAGCUGUGAAGAGAAUGGAGCAUGGGGUUAUUACCAGUAAGGCAAUAGAGGAGUUUCAAGCAGAAAUAGCUGUUCUUUCCAAGGUACGGCACCGCCAUCUGGUAUCCUUGUUGGGGUAUUCCAUUGAAGGCAAUGAAAGACUUUUGGUUUAUGAAUAUAUGUCUCUUGGAGCUCUAAGCCAGCAUCUUUUUCAUUGGAAAAGCUUGAACCUGGAGCCUUUGUCUUGGUCAAAGAGGCUUGCAAUAGCACUAGAUGUUGCCAGAGGGAUAGAAUACCUUCACAGUCUUGCCCGUCAGACUUUUAUUCAUCGAGAUCUUAAGUCUUCUAAUAUCUUAUUGGGUGAUGAUUUCCGAGCUAAAGUUUCAGAUUUUGGUUUGGUGAAGCAUGCCCCAGACAGUGAGAAGUCUGUAGUUACCAAGCUUGCUGGGACAUUUGGAUACCUUGCCCCUGAAUAUGCAGUGAUGGGGAAAAUCACCACAAAAGUUGAUGUGUUCAGCUACGGUGUGGUUUUGAUGGAACUUCUGACUGGACUUGUGGCACUUGAUGAGAGCCGACCAGAGGAGAGCCGGUACUUGGCUGAAUGGUUUUGGCGAAUUAAAUCAAGCAAGGAGAAGCUUAUGGCUGCCAUUGAUCCAGUUGUGGAAGCAUCUGAAGAAACUUUUGACAGCAUAACUAUUGUAGCUGAACUUGCUGGACAUUGCACUGCAAGGGAAGCACAUCAUAGGCCAGAUAUGGGUCAUGCAGUCAAUGUCCUAUCAGCAAUAGUGGAAAAAUGGCAACCAGUUGAUGAUGAAUUAGACUGCUACUCUGGCAUCGACUACACAAGACCACUUCCUCAGAUGUUGCAGAUUUGGAAGGAAGCAGAAAGCAAAGAGUUCAGCUAUGCUUCUAGUCUUGACAACAGCAGAAGCAGUAUUGCAGCCAGGCCUACUGGGUUUGCAGACUCUUUUACUUCUGCUGAUGCAAGAUGAUCUUUAGGCAUAUUUAGUGCAAUUUAUGGAUCCUGUUGUUGUAUCCUUAUUCAAAUUCACUUGGAUUCACCACGUCUGUUUCUUCAGCCAAGAGGCAAAAAUCAUGUCUCUGGAUUUUGUUCUGUUUUUGGACAUUAAAAUACCAUAGGAAGAUGUAGAUAAGUUAUACAUGUUUUCUCUUUAUUUUGUCUUAUAUACAAGAACACCAAUUUCUACUUGAUAGUAAUGAUUCUGUGUAACAAGUCACAUUCAUCUAUGUUGUUAUCCCAUCCAUCUUAUUAUGGGAGGUGUUAUCAUUGAAAUGCUUAGCAGAACAAUUUAUCCAUGAUAUUUUCCACCUGCAUUGAUAAAUUAAAUAU